AUGCAAGAAGGAGACCAAUCCAGGGCCUGCCGCCACACUGGCUCUGUCACAUGCGUCGCGUUCUCGUCCGACGGCAGCCGCGUGGCGUCCGCGUCCGCCGAGGGAGCCAUCCACGUUUGGGACGCGCAUACGGGCUUUCUGUUCUAUAAUCCAAUGACUGAGCACACUGGCGCGAUCAGGGCGCUAGCUUUCUCGAGAGACGGAAAGUGGCUCGCUUCAGGCUCAGAAGACACCAACGUCAGAAUCUGGAGCGCGGUGACCGGGAAACUGUUUCUGACAUUCACGAAGCACUCGGCCGCCGUCCUGUCGCUCGCAAUCUCCCCCGAUGGCUCCCAGCUGGCCUCCGGCGGGCAGGAUAACGUGAUAUACGUGACCAACAUGACUAACGGCGAGCUCAUAUCAGGUCCCUUGGUCGGCCAUGGUAAAGCGAUACUAUCUCUUGCCUUCACAGAAGGGGGCGUAAACGUAGUCUCUGGUUCGAGCGACGAGGUUGUAUACAUCUGGGAUACCAGACGGCGCACAUUGUUCGCGCGCCGGGCGAGGGCGUUCGGGGGGUGCACCACCGUAGCCUUCUCAUGGGACGGCGGCCAGCUCGUAGCCGGAUACGCAGAUGGGAGCGUCUGCGUCUGGGACACCAACGACGAGCUGGUAGUGGGCAGGGUACAAGGGCAUAAAGAGGCCGUCCUGUGCGUGGCCUUCGCCCGUGAUGGAAAGAAGGUGGUCUCGGGGUCGGAAGACCAGAGCGUACGGGUGUGGAACAUCGCGUCGGGAGGGUUGAUGCUGGUGCAUUGA